AGCGACCACGCUAUCUGCACUCUGCUGCGGUAGAGCAGCUUAGGAACGGGUAAAAACUUUGCCGCAAAUGCCUCCCUUUCCUUCUUCGCUGCUGAAUCCGCGCCUUAGUUUCUCCCUUAAACCUUUGUUCCUUUUCACUCAGUCCUCUAUCGCGCCUCAACAAUUCCCAGUCCCUAGGCAAUUGAUCUCCGCAAAACCUAGAAACUUCUCUUCCGUAGCUUCGGUUCAGACGUCCGCAACAGACAAUGGCGGCAGCAGCAGCGGCGGAGGCGGCAGGUCCGGCGCACUAUCUCCGCCUCCAGUGGCGGAGGAAUUUCAGAGAAUCGAUGUGAAUCCACCUAAAGGGACUCGCGACUUCCCUCCUGAAGAUAUGCGUCUCCGUAAUUGGCUCUUCAACCAUUUCAGAGAGGUUUCGCGGUUGUUUGGAUUCGAAGAGGUUGAUUAUCCAGUGCUAGAAUCAGAGGCUCUGUUCAUUAGGAAGGCAGGGGAGGAGAUUAGAGAUCAGUUGUAUUGUUUUGAAGAUCGGGGAAAUCGUCGUGUUGCAUUGAGGCCUGAGCUCACACCUUCUCUAGCAAGGCUGGUGAUACAGAAAGGAAAAUCUUUAUCCCUUCCAUUGAAGUGGUUUGCUGUCGGUCAGUGUUGGAGGUAUGAGCGAAUGACAAGGGGACGACGCCGUGAGCACUAUCAAUGGAAUAUGGAUAUUCUUGGUGUACCCGAAGUUACGGCUGAGGCAGAACUUAUUUCUUCCAUUGUCACUUUCUUCAAGAGAAUUGGAAUCUCAGAGUCAGAUGUUGGCUUUAAGGUUUCAAGCCGAAAGGUAUUGCAAGAAGUAUUAAGGUGCUACUCAGUACCUGAAAAUUUGUUUGGCAAGGUCUGCAUUGUCAUUGACAAGAUUGAAAAGAUUCCUAUAGAUGAGAUUAAGAGAGAGUUGAAGGCUACUGGGUUAUCAGAAGAGGCUAUUGAGGAACUAUUGCAAGUCCUUUCCAUAAAGUCAUUGACAAAGUUGGAAGAGAUACUUGGAGGUGCUGGGGAAGCUAUAGCUGACUUGAAACAACUGUUCUCGCUUGCUGAGAAGUUUGGUUAUUCUGAGUGGAUUCAGUUUGAUGCAUCUGUUGUUCGUGGCCUUGCCUACUACACUGGUAUUGUGUUUGAGGGUUUUGAUAGAGAAGGAAAACUGAGAGCUAUUUGUGGUGGUGGGCGUUAUGAUCGGUUACUUUCUACUUUUGGUGGGGAUGAUAUUCCAGCUUGUGGCUUUGGGUUUGGUGAUGCUGUCAUUGUAGAAUUGCUCAAGGAAAAGGGACUUCUACCAGAACUCGGCCUUGAAGUAGACAACAUUGUGUGUGCUCUGGAUUAUGAUCUUCAAGGAGUAGCUGCUACAGUUGCUACUAAACUCAGGGGAAAGGGCCAAAGUGUUGACUUAGUCUUGGAGAGCAAACCGCUUAAAUGGGUGUUCAAACGAGCUGCACGGGCAAAUGCAGAAAGACUAAUAUUGGUAGGAAAUACGGAGUGGCAAAAGGGUAUGGUUGGUGUAAAAAUCCUUUCUUCUGGUGAACAAUAUGAGAUUAAGCUGGAUGAACUAGAGUGAAAAGGAUGACUCAUUUGGCAAUUUAUAUGUUCAUGCUAAAUGGGCAUGUUUCUCAGUUUUGUCAAUUCAAUUAUUUUUCCCCAACUUGAGGUGAUCCUUGUGGCCGGAAAAAGGAAAACCCUUUAUGUGCAACCUGUAUGUAUUUAGAGAUAUUAAUAAAAUCUAUUUAUUUAGAAACAGUGAAAUGAGGUGGGGGUUUGGUCA